GGGCAAUUCGUUACUUGCCCUGCCGCUAAGACUUUGGAUACGUGCCAGUAGCGAUGAAUGGGGAAAUCGAACUGGUAAGAAGUUCUACCGUUCAAAAAAGCUUUCUGAAGUCACCAUCAUGUAGACCAGCUCUCCAAAGUGCAGACCACCUCACUUCCUCAGACCUUUCCCUGUAUAGUACGACCGUUUCUCGAAUGUCAGAAGUCGUACGCUCUGAUCUCGAUCAUCUUUCUGAUAUUGGAAUCGGAAGUAACACUACACCUGAAACUUUUGAGAACGCUCGAAAAGAUCGUGACUUAUCCCGUAAUCCCCCAAAUAGCUCUGGCAUAAUUUUAACACCAGUGUCCUGUCAGGGGUGUCAAGUAUCUACACCUUUAACAGAAGUUUGUGACUCACUGUCUCUUGGAUCACAAUUGACUAGUUCUUGUGUAACUAGCUCUGAUGAUCUGAACAGAAACCAUUUUCUGUCUUUAAUAAAAUCAAACUCAGAACAUUUGGAUAAGACCUCAUCGGCGUCAGAUGUAGCUGAUUUCGGGAAACUUGCGUAUGGUCGCCUUGAUGGACAGUUGUGCGAAUCAGAAUAUCGAAAUAAACUAAACAAAACACAUAAUUUGACUUCUAUUGUUGACCAGUUAGCAGAUCCUACUUGCUUGCGUGCUAAUAAUCUCAGUGCAGAUUAUCGUUUAAUGAGAGCAGCAUUAGAAUCUGGUGUUACAACUGAUACACUUACAGGUAUUAAUCAAAAAAGCGACACGAAGUGUAUUCAAGCUGAGUCAGACAGUUUAGACAUUUCAACUGAAUUCGGAGUACCAAGUAAUUUAUGGAACCACCGGAAUUGUGUAGGGGUUACUUCUGCAGACCAUAGCUUCUCAUUUGCCGGGGACACAAUCACGUCUCUUAUGUCUAACACAGAAAUAGAUCAAGAUAGUGUUUUAAAUGAUGGUCAUUGUAGUAACAUUUUCCCCACUGUUCACAGCAACACUCCCACUACUGCGACUGUUGCAGCUAAGCGUCCGAUCACUGGAGCUCAUCAGACUGCACGUUACCCUGCAGUUAAUAAAGGAGGUAUGUGGUCGAGUAAUUCUAAUGGGCUGUCAAACUCCGCACUUGGAUACAUGGUUUCCAAUGCAUGGAGCAGCAACGGCACUGGUGUUUCAGCAAAGUUGGGUAGUAGUCUUGUCACUGAUUCGAAUCCUCCUACAGUUUGUGAUUUUCCUGGAAAUGAAGGUAAUACGGUUUCGUGGUCUCAAAAUUCGUCAGUUCAUCAGACACUUCACAAACCAAACGUCCAGAACAUUCCAAAUAUGGUCGGACCUGUGGGUUUUGGUAGUGGAAUGGCUAACGGUUCCUUAAAUCGGACAGCUGUGUCCGUGGGUCUUGUAUCAGUAUCUACAACCGGCGUCAGUAUUACCAGUAACAAUAAAGUAAACGAGGCAGGUCUUUCAAAUAUAUAUAGUAUGUUUCCUAAGCGCCCCCAACACCGAAUGAUGGCACAUUGGCAGCAACAGCAACAACAUCAUCAAAAUUCACAGCAAGUACCAUUAGGUAAAGGUCUUAUGAACAUUGUCACAAGUAGUAUUCAACUAAAUGGUAAUCGUGGUAGUUUAACUGGAGUUAAUUCCACUCUCUCAGCUCUACCGAAUGGUUGUGAGGAUUCCGGUGUAAAUAAUAGUGCUGGAAGCUUGAAUAACCACUCUAUCAUCCAGGCGCUAAACAGUGUUGGGUCAUCAUCGUCUGCAAAUAGUUCACUAGUUCUGUGUUCUUCUGGAGACUCUUUCACAAAUACCUUGUCAUUCAACAGCCCAACGUCGGAAAGUUCCUUAGAUAGUUUCAAAUACGGGUUAGAUCAACAGCUUAUGGAAGUUAUCAAAUCUUUUGAAAUCAGUAACAUUGGAGGUUCUAAUUUAGUUUCUUCGAAUGCAAAUACCACAUCUAUGGGAGGGAUCGAUGAUUUAACAUUGUCAUCUAAUUUUGGAGAGGUAGACCAACAAAUACCUGGUUUAAAUUCUGCAAGCCAAAUGCCUGUCUUAGGCUCAUCGUCGAUACACAACUCAACACCUAUGAUAAAUGGUUCAAAUAACCAAAGUCCAGGUUUUAAUAGUCUUUCUAGCUACAACGGGAGUUCAAUGAUGGGUUCAGCUGCAAUAACAAGCCCAUAUUCUAUGUUUGCAAAUAUUUUUACUCGUGAAGAAGGAUUUUCACGCAAAGUAUUCGUUGGGGGCCUCCCACCUGAUAUAGACGAAGAGGAAAUAACUACUGCUUUUCGUCGAUUUGGCCCUUUAAUAGUUGAUUGGCCCCAUAAAACUGAAAGUAAGGCAUAUUUUCCACCAAAAGGCUAUUGUUUUCUGCUAUUCCAAGAUGAACGAUCUGUUCAAAGUCUUAUUAAUGCUUGUAUUGUUGAUGAAGGAAAAUACUAUUGGUGCGUAUCAUCACCUACGAUGAAAGAUAAACCCGUUCAAAUUCGGCCAUGGAACUUAGCGGACUCCGAUUUUGUCAUGGAUGGUUCACAACCAUUAGAUCCUCGUAAAACAAUUUUUGUUGGAGGUGUUCCACGUCCACUUAGAGCUAUCGAACUUGCCCUAAUAAUGGAUCGUUUAUAUGGAGGUGUUUGUUAUGCUGGCAUAGAUACAGAUCCAGAAUUGAAAUAUCCUAAAGGUGCUGGUCGUGUCGCUUUCUCAAAUCAACAAAGUUACAUCGCUGCAAUUAGUGCACGAUUUGUGCAAUUACAGCAUAAUGAAAUUGAUAAACGAGUUGAAGUUAAACCAUAUGUCUUGGAUAAUCAAAUGUGUGAUGAAUGUCAAGGUACUCGUUGUGGGGGUAAAUUUGCCCCAUUUUUUUGCGCUAAUGUUACUUGCCUUCAAUAUUAUUGUGAACAGUGUUGGGUACAGAUACACAGUCGUUAUGGUCGUGAAUAUCAUAAACCUCUAGUCAAAGAAGGAGCUGAACGUCCUCGUCCUGCACUUUAUCGAUGGUAGACGCAUACAAGUGUGUUAUUAUUUGCUAGCUUGUUCUAUCUUUCAGCAUGCUUGUUUCAUACAAAUUGGAAAUGUUUCUUCUGAUCUCGACCUCUUACUUUCAUUGUCUUCAACCUGUCGUAUUCUUUUGUUCUUGUUUCAAUCAUUUGGUGCUUUCCUUUUUUUGGUUUUUCUCUUAUAUAUUUUGCCGGUUUAAAUCCUUUUUAUGUCAGCUAUCCAACACCUAUAAUUAUAAUCAAUCAAUAAAUUCCACUGACAAAAGUGGAUUCAUUUGAUUAAAGAGUGACCACUGAGUUAAAACAUUUUUGCGCAAGGCCUGUCUAAGUUGGUGUUUUCGAAAAUCUUUUCCAUUGAAAUAUCAGUCUGCUUUUUUGUUGCCAUUUCCUAGUCUGUGAUUUCUCAUUUACUGAAUGCUGAUGAUUUGUUCCUCAGUUAAUUAUAUAUAUAAAAGCACUCAUAUAAUAUAUCUUAUAAACGACCUAAGUAAAUGCAGAAGACACACAAAUUGCAUACUUUGGUACUAUUAUUUCUUGUUACUAUUAUUCUCAUCACUAACUACUCAUCCUUUUCAUCAACUAGUUAGCUUGAACAGUGUGUUUCCUCUCCUUACUAUUAUACUUUUAUCCCGUUGUUUACUUACUUGUUGGAUUCCUAAGAAGGUGAAAUUGUUUUUUUUAAACUGUGAUUCAUUCUUAGUUUAGUUUCCUCUUCUGAAUUCUUAUCUCUUUGUCUGUGGAUAAUUUUCUUUCAUGUUAGUUCAUUUCGUGUUUAAUUGAAUUGUGAUCUUGUUUUUCUUUUUUAAGUUUUAUUUGAUAUCUUUAAAUUCUAUUCACUUCUACUUGUCUGUUUUGUUAACUUGAUUGUGUUACUCUUAGUAAUAAUAAUAAUGUAAUAUCUUUUUGUUUUGUUCAUUUCUUUCAUUAAUCUACCUUUCUAAUUUUGUUUUCAUGUUCUAUUUGUGAUCAUUUGAUGAUUGUUUCUGUCGGUUAUCCUUUUAGUUUGAUUUGACGUUUUUUUUAUCUAGUUGAUCAACGCAUGUGGGGUACCUCGAUCUCUCUUUAUGCAUUAUAUGUCAUUAUUAUUUUUACCAUUACUGUCCAAUAAAUGAGUUGGUAUUGAUGAUAGUUAAUUAGACCAUCUUCAGUAUAUAUAUAUAUAUAUAUAUAUAUAUAUACUAAUAUUUUUGUUUAUAAAAAAUCGACAAUGUUAUGUUUUACACUUUUAGCUUACUAAUUAUUAGAGGUGAAUUUUCUUUUAGUCAUUGAAUAAACACCCAUUUAUGAUGUAUACUUAUUUUUAGUUUUUAAUUUCAUUCUUUUCUAUAAACAUAUUUAUAUAAAUAUUAUUAUUUACAUACAUAUUUACUAUACACAUUAUUUUAAUUGUACUUGUUUUCUUUCUCUCAUAAAGCAACAUUUAAACAAAAAUGAUUAGCUAAUACAAGUGCACCAGCACAUUGCUUUACAUACCAAAGAUAGAUAUAACAUCUACUUUUAUACAUCAAUUCGGUAGUAUGUGUCUUGUAUAUCUAUCCUGAGUGAUAGGAUGCAAGCGAUUAAAAGUAAUAUGGUUUACUCACUUUUAAAAGUUUUUUGUUAACUGAUUUUUACUAUUAUUACUCAAUUUCUUCUGUUGACAAUGUCUUAUAUAUAUAUAAACUGAAGAAAACAUUUUCUAGUUUCUAUUAUAGAUCUGACGUUUCCUCUAAUGGUGUAGCCUCUAUCAUAUACUCCCCGCCAAACUACCAUGUUUCCUUGUUAUCUUUCUACUUGGUAAUUGUCACUACCUUUUUCUUUCCUUUGUUUUGGUGCUUAAACACUGGGUGAAAAUGUUUCGAGCCCUGGGGGGAGGGUGUGUAUAUGUGGGGUACUUUUUAUUUUUGUAAUGUUAUUUUGUUGUUGGUAUUUUCCUUUGUUUAUUUAUUUUUCAAUGUAACACUUUCUACAAAAACCCAACAAAAAUUAGACAAAAAAAUCAUAUAUUUUCUUACAUUCUUUCAUGUUGUUAUUUAAUAUAUUGUAGUUAUGGUAGUACGUUCACGCAAUAUUGUUUUUAUGUUUUUGUUCUCCAUCUUAUACGUUAUGCAACAAACAAGCAAGCAAACCCUUUUUUAUGGAUUUUAACAAUUCAACAUUGCUUCUUAUAAUGUCAUUUCAUGCGGAAUCAGUAUGUGUAUAUUUUUAAUUCUCAAUCUGGUGAGUACAUCUCUACGUAUACGUUAAAUGUAUACAUUCGAACGUGAUUCACAAUGCAUUUCCACUAUUUAUAUCAUUGAGUAACACAGAGUGAUGAAACGUGCGAAGUAUAAAUAUUUUAUGUAUGUUACACCGACAACUUUCAUUCAUCUCUUUUGUGUCGUGUACUUAUGCCUAUACUAUCUGUAUGAAUUAGUAUAUCUCUUUGUUUUGAGUCGCAGAUUUUCAUACUUCUCUCCUUGUUUUCAAGUCGUGGUUUAUUUUGUAAACGUGGAUGUUUGUAAUUUUUUUAAUUAUUGCGCUGGCUCGUGAUGCAUUCAUGCUUCAGAUAAUUUUCAUUACUAUCUACUUGACCCAUUAAUUCGUUUACUUAAUAAUAAUAGUAUUCUGUGAUGGUUCGCUUUCCACGCACAAGCCAUAUUCAGGGCGCUUCCAGAUUGUGAUGUUUUGUUAAAGUGAAGUGUGGCAAAUGAGUGGAGAGUUAGUAUGUAUGUGUUUUAAAAACUUUUUCACUCAUACUUUUUUUGCUUAUCAAUUUCAUCUGCUCAAUCAAAUAGUUUGCUCGUAAAAGUUUGUUGUAAAUGAUGCUUCAAAGGCAUUCUGUAACUCGCGUUUCCACUGAUCUCGGCUCUUGUGCGUACUUAUGUUGUUUUUAAAAAAAAAUAAUUUUACCAUUGGUUACCUUUUCAAAAUGAAAUCUAGUUAUUUGACUUGCGUUUUUUCUCUUUCUAUUCUGUAGUUUUCUUUAUUUUCAAUGAUUUCGUUUGUUAGACGACAUUUGGUCAUGAAUCUUAGUCAUUGGUUUUAUGGUGCUUCCUCUAUCACCUCAAAGUAAAUUUUCUUAUUGAAAUUUCAUGGUAUCUACUAUCCCAUAUAAAAGGACUUACUAUUAAUUACUGCGAAAAAAAACAUUUCUCUUGUUUACACUUUUUUUAUUUCAGUUCGUUUUCCCAUUUAGAUUAAAAUGUACUCUGUUCUACUUUUCUUUGUAUCGAUUAUAUUUAUGUAUGAUGCUUAAAACAAUCCUACUCAUUUGUACUGAAUUCGAUAUCACAGCUGACAUCAGAUUGAGUUUUUUUUAUAUCUCUGGAAACAAAAUAAAAAUGCUUUUAUAGGACAGAAAAUUCUUUCAGUUCUGGUUAUUAUACAUAUUGUUACUCAUUUUCUGGUAUGUUGUUUACUGUUUUUUAUUUGGAAAGAAAACAAAUUAUUCGAACAGCAAGUGAAAAUAAAUUGAUUUUUCACAUUAAUAUAUUCAAUAAAAAAAAGUUAACAAAAAAUCAUUGUUGCUGUUUGGCCAUCAAACAUAUAUCUGAUAAAAUAAAUAUUUUCAUAGUGUUUUUAUUUGUUGCAUCUUUUUACUACCGUUAUUUAUCAAAAUAUUUUAUUAGAUUUCUCAUUUGUUUAUAUAUAUAUAUAUAUAUAUAUAUAUAACUUAUUAUUUACCCCUUGUAUUAUCUACAUUCAUACAAACAAAGUUUUAUAUAUAAACAGAAAAUAACUGUCUAAAAGUAAUCCGAAUUUUUAUCGGUUUUUUUUGCUUCGUUUUGUUACUUUAAAAUAAAUCAAGAAAGUAUGUUAGAUAUUUCCAUGGAUCGGUAUUUUUAAGUGUCUCUCUCUUGUGACUUUCCUUUAGGAUGUUAUUUAUUUUGUGUUGUGGUUCCUUUCUCUUCACUCUUCUGUUUAGAUGUUAGUCUUUUGUUUAAUCUUACUGUUCAACUUUGUUUUUCAGUGUGAAAUGUGAUUUCCUCUUUUGUUAAUAUACUCUUUUAUUGUGAUUUGAUAAUUAUGAAACAAUUUUCAUCAUUUCCAUCUAACUAUAGCUCAUUUAAUAAUCAGAUUGAGGUAUGUACCAACUUUUAAACAGCUUCUUGUGUUAGUGUUCGGUUACUACAUGCAUAUAUGAGUACCUAUGCUUGGAGUGCAGAAGACCUAUUUAGCCAAUGUUGUACCUUCUAUAUUUUAACCUUUGUUACUCCUAUUUAUCUUGAGAUACUAAUAAAGAGGUUUUCAAUUUAUUGAUCUACCUUAAUCUAUCCGUCAAAUUUCUCACUUAUGUGCAAUAGCCAGUUUUUUUCGUUUGGUUAUUUUUUUGUUUUGUUUGGUUUUUUAUACCAAUGAAUUUAACCCAAUUUUUAUUUUUAGCCGUCACUGCCUAUUUAUUCUUUAUUAAUUAAUUAACACCGAUUACGUGCGCGGUUUCUUUCGUUUUGGUCUUGUUUUUUUUCUAUGAAUUUUUCAUCUGUUUCAGUCACUCUACUCAGCUAUUUUUAUAUCAGUUGAUUUACUAUACAUACACAUAUAAGACAAAAAAAUACAUAUUUUUCUUUAUUAAUAAUAGUGUAAGUACUACUACUAAUCUCGUUGUUAUUCUAAUUACCAUUCGUGAACAUCGUCACAAAUGUUCGUAGUCUGCAUUCGGGCGUUCCUAGGUCAUAUUUGUAACAGUUGUCGUUCUUAUUCCAAUUUAUUUAUUUGAUUUCCUCUUCUAGUUUUGACUGACUAUCCUCUUUUCGGUUCUGUUUCUUUGUUGCUGUCCUUCCUGACAUCACUUAUUGUUGUUGUUUCUUCAAUCUUUCAAUCACAGUUGCUCACCGUGUUUCAGAUGCACAUUUUGUUUACAUUUUUAUUUUAAACUUUUGUGCUAUAGAAAAAUCUUGUUUUCAUCCUCAUUGAAUCUUUAAAUUGUUUGUCUGCUGGUAUUUUGUUUUGACUUGCUUACUGGUUCUGUCUGUCAUCAAUUGUUAUGUUUAGUAUUGUUAUUAGCGUAUUAAAUAAUACACCCGGUUUACUGGGUUCUUCAGUUUAACAAUUUUAUCCCGAGAUAUAAUUUGUGAGUUUAAAGUAAAUAUUGUUGAAUACACUGUUAUUUUUCGUAUAUUUCAUCUAUAUUACCCAUUUAUAUUAUUAUUAUUAUUAUUUAUAUGGAAUGUAACAAUGAUUAGUUUCUUACAGUCUCAAAUUUCUAAUGCUCAUUCACACUUCAUGUGUGUUUGCAUGCAUGGAUCUUCACAUUUUUCUCAGUUAUCUCUCUUUUCUUUAAUAUUGUUAUUAUGAUCGAAAUUCUUGUUAUUGUAUUACUAAUUAAUUAUAUUGAAAUAAAAAUUUAACUAUAAAAAUACUUUGGAUACUACUGA